AAGCAAUGCCGCGGAAAUAUCUUUGCUUUUGCUAUUUCUAUUGUCUGAGGAGUACCAUUCACAAAGCCAAACAAUGGAAUAUGCUCAACAUAUGGUGUUCUUUUGUGUUGGAAACUUAAGCUUUUAAUACUGUUUUUUUAAAUCCGAUUCAUCGAUGGAUUGACCGAUUAAUUGAUUAUCAAAAUAAUCAUUAGUUGCAGCCCUAUGUUAGUUUUUCACCACUUUAUAUUUGGUCAUGGUUUCCCUAACCUUUUUUCCUGAUAUUACCGCAGAUGAUAUGCCCCCGACUCACUUUCUUUGGAAGGGAGACAGCUCCUCUAAGGGAUACAGUGAUGUCACCCGGUUAAGCAAUCCCGGGUGCGGGGCUGUCUGCUGAAUGUGAUAGGCUGUCAUCCCUGAGUGUGCACUGUCCAAAAAAAUGCGGGCCAGAGACAAGCCAAGUGCACACACCCUAGGUUCAGGCGGCUCUGGUGGAAUAUUUUUAGUAAGCAGGCUGGAAGUCUCAUCGGUUCCAGGCCCUGGCGCUUGACAUUCUUUUUGUUGUGUUGUGGUGUUUUUCUUGCUAUGAGCCUGUUCAUUCCAGACUUGUUUUUGUCUUUAGUGCACUUUUGGGAGAGAUAUGCUAUCUUCACACAUUUCAGUGUGUUCUUUAAUCUAAAUGAAUCCCUGUUACUUAAUUGGUUUUGACUAUCUUCUUGUAAUUUCUAUGCUAUAUUUUCAUUGACUGUUAUGUCUACUCUAUCUUUAAAGUGAAUUUAGAUUAUCUAUACGGUGAUGUCACCGAUGUCACCCACGCUAUCUGGAAUAUUUACUAAGACCCUCUUUGGUUGUCCCCGAAGCCCGAGCUAGGUCUCCAUCCUAUAUUGUCUGUUUGCCUUCACCUACACCUCCCCCGCCAUGCCCUUGUCUCAGUUGGGCCAUGAAUAAGGAGCUGACACCAAACUGUCAACCUGCAAACCGUCAUGCCCCUGCAGCUUGUUGCCGCUGGUAUAGCUGCCAGUAAGGGCACAGCCUACUCCCCCCAAAAAAUAAGCUUGUACCUGUUUUUAAUAAAGAAGCAUUGGUCUUGACAAAAGUUCACUUCACCCCAAAAGCGAUUGCCUCACAUUGCUGCGUGGUAAAUGUGAAUGGUGUCACGGUAAUAACGUACAGCGACUGAUCAAGAGAAAAACUGGGUUUCAUAUUUAGCUUUUCUGUUUACAUGUUAUCCUUAAACUAUAUUAUUAAUUUCUGUUUGAAUGAGCUUUAAAAUAUUAAAAUAAAUUAUCAUUAAAAAAAUCAAAAGAGCCUGUAAUGCCAGUCUUUUUCACAUAAGACAGUAUUGUAGCAAAACACAAUGUUGUGUUGAAGGAGAUGAAAGUCGACGAUUGUUGCAUACCGUUGCUUGAAUCCAAGGUUUAAUUUGAUAUAAAAUGGGUAAUUCCAUUGCGUAACAGCAUUAGCAGUAUUUAAACAGGGCUUGCCAUAGGAAGGGAGGAGUGCGGAGUGAGGGUGUUAGUGGCGGAUGACUGAAUGUGAGCAGGUCACUUUACAGGAGGGAAUCCUUGCUUUUACUGAUAAUCCUCAUUGGGUGAUGACACCAAGAAAAAUGUCCUCAGAUUAAGGGGUUUAGCGAGAUUAGAAAGCAUAUGGACAUGCAGAUAAAACAGGUUAAUGUGUGAAAAUCAUAACAAAAGCAAAUUAUGAUAUUAAUGAACAUAGCCCGUGACUCAAGGCCCACUUGGCCUUUAUAUUAAGAAUUGUGGAUGGUUAGGGAGAUAAGGUGUUAAUUCUUGGGCUGUCACCGAAUAUUCAAUAUCCGAAUAAAUAUUUGAAAAGUUGUUAAACAGAUAUCCGAAUGUGAAAUUUGAUAUUUGAAUGUAAAAAACAACAACUUUGCACUGAUUAUUUGAUUUUUUUGCCGUUUUAUGCCAAGGAAAAGUUAUAUGUUUACCACAGCAGAGCUCGCUUGGAGCGUUCAAUGUCUGUUUUAUUCUCGCCUCUAUAGGUUAAGAAUAUUUUUUUCAAUCACUGAUUUAAGCCUGCCAUAUUUGGGACAAGAAUCGCAACCUUAAAUUGCUCACACAAAGCUUUUGAUCAGCAUUUGUUUAUUGUUGUCGUUCAUUUAAACCGCUAUGCGCAGAGAGCACUAGGGUGCGAGCGAGGGAGAGAGAGUGCGUGUGUGCGAGAGACGGCCAUUAGUACAUUUACAUAUUUUUGUGUAGAUAAUUGGUUGUUAAAUAUGUUUAAACUUAAAAGAAAUUACCUAUACAAGUAGUUAAUUAUCGUUGUAUUAAUUUGUCCUGUUAUUGACGUGCCUAAUGCGCUAUGGACUUCCUCAACAAAGAAAGACGCUGCAGAAUCAGCAGCGGCUUUGCGCGCAUGACUAAGUCUGGACGUGACGUAUGUCUCCUCCGUAGCAACCAGAUAUUCGAAUAUAUGUGGGGUUUUUUAAGCGAAUCUUUGAACUGAAUUUUUGAGCAAUUUUGACAGCCCUAGAUGAUACUAAUCUGACUGAUUGUGAUACAUGCUUCUCCAAGUUGCAAGUACAAUUGGUGCCUGUUCCUAAUAUAUAAAAGGGCUUGUUGCCCAGAAAGUUCAACUACAGUUCGUGAAAUAACGCAUGACCCUGGUUUUAAACAAAUGUGCAAAGCUGCACUACCCCAUUUUUUGUUUAUCGACAUUGGCCACCAGAAUAUCCCUGACCAAACCUUCUCUACCAAGCUAGCCUCUUUUGUGGAGAUUAUACAAGACGCAAAUGGAAAGAGUUAAGGUUAACCAAAGUAUUUACUGGGUAAGCGCCAAAAGUCAAUCCUCCAAAAGUAACAGGUUUAAGGUUUUAUGCUAAAAGGAUAAGCGUAUUAGAAAGCCAGACAUACAUAGAGAGGCAUUUCACGCUCUUAAAUCCUAUUAAUCACUUAGUAGUCUAUCCCGGGAUUCAGGUAUGAGGGUUCGGAGGGAUAGCGAUGUUGCCGUCUGAUUCAAGAAUCUCAUAGAUCUCAUGGAUUUUGUCAUCUCUAUGGGACUGUGGCUAACAAAUGCUAAGAAGCAAAACAAAAUGCUUAUCUGGUUGUAGCUGAAUUAAUUUUUCUGCUUCGCAGACUUUUUGUCUUAUGCCUGGAACACUCCAAGCCGACGCCGACGAACUAGUGGCGACGUGAGCAGACUGCAGAAUCGGCUCACGUCAGCAGCGUCUGGGUCCAAAGUUGCCCUGUCACACCAAGCCGAUUCUCAACACCCGACGGCCAAGUAGCUCGUCCGUUCUGCGCCUGCGUAAGAGUGGUUCGCUGGCUGAGCAGCCAAUCAGAAUGAUCAGAAGGCCCGACUGACCAACAAGCCCCGACGCCGAUUCAACAUGUUGAAUCGGCCGUUACAAAGCCGACGAGGACCAAAUUCGGCCGACGUGAUGGCCUUAGCUGUGCAGCUGUCCCGGUGAUCCUGCCGUUGCACGAAGGGAAGAGGCAAAGACACCUUCACAACUAACCUACUCUCUCACAAAACAAAAGGCACAGAGAGGAACAAAAAGUAAAAAGACGCCAGCAUAAACAAAUGCGACCAUGUACAGUGUGGAGGAUCUCCUCAUCUCUCAUGGAUACAAGCUGCCCAUGCAUACCACCUCCUCCACCCCUACCCCAGCCUCCGCCUCCUCGUCCCACAAGCCGCCUUCCUCCUCACUGCCGUCCUACAGCAGACACCAUGAAUUUCUGGAUAACAGGUCCGGCUCCGGGACGUUGUCGGGGCCCGGGAUGCCUUAUGGGAAUGGUAGUGAAUCCAGGGAGCCACAUGGGUAUGCCAGCGGCUGUUCCAACAACAUUUACAAACCCAGGGACAGGGGCCUGUCCAGGCGGGAGGGCGAGAACCGCUGCCAAAUGGACGCUCACUCCUUGGGAGAGUUGCUGACCUCAGACAGCGGGUUCUGUAAUGGCACCAGAGGUCCUCAGUCGCAGGCCAAGGAUUUGUCCUACUGGAGGAGGAGAGGCCAGGACUUCUCUAUGCUGCUGGGGUACGCUGACCAUAGAGAGACCCAUGCAGGAGGCAACGCGGGUUAUGGCAGCCCAGAGGGUGCUCAAAAAACAAGAGGCCAAGAGUGGUCUGCAGAGGAGUGUCAGAGAUCAGCUAAGGAGAGGCAACACUGGGCAGCCCAGGCGCGGGUGCAGGCUCAGGUCCGCUCUAAAGAGAGGGAAGCGGCUCUCCAUCACUUGCGGAUGGCUAAUGAGAGGAAGUGCCAGAGCUUGGGGACAGAGGAGUGGCGUCCCGGCGUGAACUUUGGCCGCCAGCUGUCACAGUGUGUCGGUGGGCGUUGUGCACAAGAGCAACUCCAUACCAGGACACCAGAGGGUAUGGUAGUGCAUCCCAGGGCCAAAGUCAAAUCCCAGUCCCUCCCCAGGAUGCUGCAGCCUGAAAGCCUGCAAUAUGUGGACAUAGACUCGUCCCAUCUGGAACUGUUCAGGCGGGUCAACGGUCAGCCACCAUUGCACCACGACCUUUAUAGGCCACCCCGCUGGCUGGAGAAUGGUAGGCCGGGUAGCGCCAACCAACUCUCAAUGACAUCAAAGCCUCGCUUCACACGACCCCCCAGACCUCCCUCUUAUGAGAUGCACCAGCAGAUCAGGGGAAGCUGUGAGAUGUUGUCCGGUAGAGAAUCAGUGACUCUCCAGGCCAGGGACAGAACCCCACUCCCAAUAUCAAGGACAGUUGACCCUCAACUAGACUAUUUUGCACAGGACUCUGGACCUCCAGGAUACAUCGCUCCUCCAUCAUAUAAAAGAGUUCCUAUUAUGAGAGGCAGGCAACAUGGAUAUGGCGAUAUUGCUGUUGACUACAGAUACAGAGGGGAUUUGUACCAGCAGAUACAUGUGGCACCAGAUGGAUCUCACUGGAUCAGACAUCCAGCUGGUUCCUGGCCCGAUCCCCAGAGAGAAAGGAGUGUGAAGCAGCUUUACCCGGUGUACACUACCCAGGAGCGCCCUGGUGGAGGGAUUCAAUACAUCCCCUUUGAUGACCCCCGUAUCCGCCAUAUUUCCUCAGCAAUGGCAGGCAACUCCCUGACGGACGCUGACAAGAUCCGGCACAUCCGUAAUGAGCUUCCCAGUGUCACAGUGUCGGAGCCUGCAUCCAGUGACAGUGCCUUUUUGCCCCCACCAUUGGGGCCUUUCAUCGCUGCCAAAUUGGGCGAUGAUGCUAACCAGACGUCUUCUAGCGACUUUGACAAUGACAAUACCAGGUGGCACAGUGAUUUGCACAAGGCUGUCCAUAACCUCCCAGCAACUGACCAAAAUUGCAACAGAUAUGCCAAAAACCAACGUCCUUCUUCGGCCUUCCAGGCCCCAUUAUCAAUAAGUUGUUCUCAUCAGGGGACCAACUCAGAUCAAGUCUUUGCAGAAACCAUCACCCAAGUAAAAACAAUUGUCCCAGAUUUAGGGCCAGAGAACACUAAAAGAAGAGUGAGUGAGACCAUCUUCUGCCUUGUAUCGGUCCCUGUUCACACACCAAUCAACAUUAGCAGAGACUUCGCAGCAGAUCAGAACAACAAUGAGACAAAACCAAGCCUGACCGUCACCAACACAGACACUUUUGCUGUAGGCCUCAAAGAGAGCCACAACGUGCGGAGCAAGUCAGCGAAUGAGAUGCCCAUAAAACCCCAUUACUCUCAUUUUUACACUAGCAGCACAUCCUUAAUGAGGAACUACAAGAGGGCUCCUCUAAGGAAGGAGAUCAUAGAUGCCUGGGCACUUCAAGCUAGGCAAGAUAAAGAGUUAUGCUAUGCUGGGUCUUGGCCUGGAAACCAGUACCGUAACCAGGAAACCCAGACUGGCUCACCUUCAAUAGAGGUGAAAAGUCCAAAAUCCCAGAGUCCUCCCGGUGGACAAGAGCAUCUUCAAUCUCUCUCAGAUACAAACUUAGAUAGUGUUGUUGGGCCAGAAAGAAGCUCUUCCUAUGGUUACCCCAUAGCAGGCCAGAAAAACCUUCAUCCCUCCAGCAACAGCGCAUUCUCCCGUCUCAGCCUCAGCCGAACACAACCGACAGGCCUCGAAACCUGCCAACAAGACUCCUGGGAAGAAAAUGGCUGGAAUCAAGUAGAGCAGCCAUCGUCUCCCAGGAAGAGCAACUCCAAUCCCGCUGAGACUGCUGAACAAGUGACCUUUGGUCAAUUUCUUUUAAAGCCAGUGAGCCGCCGACCCUGUGAUGCUAUUGGUCAACUAGAGAUUAUCAAUAACGAGAUGGAUGACACAAUCAGCAAAAAAACAAAUGUGGGUCAGUGCACUGACGAUUCAGAUGUGGCAAAGAAGAGAUCAGACCAGUUUCAGUCAGCAGCACAUUUCACUGCUAGUCCAGAACCAUGCAGGGAAGGAAUCAGUCUUUCACCAAUGCACAUAGAAAACCCUAACAUUGUCAGAUCUACGUCCUUAGCUUCUACAGCUGAUUUAGGCCACAUGGAUAUUAAGAGUGCUUUCACCAGACCACAGGCCAACAACAUACCUUCAACAAAUGAAACAAAUUCCAACCUAGACUGCAGAAAUUGUGGUCUCCAGCCCUUACUAACACUACAGAAUGAGCCAAAUAGGUUUUAUAGGCAGGACAUUCCAGUCCCUCAGGAGUCUCUUCUGAGGGAUGUGGGGUUAACGGUCUACACAGAGACUCCUGGUGGUCCUGGAGAACCAAUGCAGCGGUCCCUCUCAGUCCCAUCUCCACGUGAUCAUAAGGAGUUUAGUGAGUCAGUGCAUCAGUCAUUGGAGAGAAGGACAUCACUUGUUAAAAAUAGUGAUAGCCCUGAGCACAAUUCAAAUAAAGAACUUCAAGCUGAGGCAGAGACUGAGAGAACGCCUAAAUCAGACAAUUUUCCACUAUUCCGGGGUGAGGUGAAUUUGACCAUUUGUAGAACCAGGAGUGAAAGCAGCAGAUCACCUCAGAAAGAGGGUUCAUCACAUAUUACCAGGCUGACCAGGGAGGUUUCUUUUUGGAUACAGGGUGAUGAUGGCAAUGGGAGAUAUGCCAUCUCUGAGCCUCUGAUUUACAAGAAUGACUCAACCAUGGCAGAUAAGCACCUGGAGAACUUACUGAUCCGGGAGAAAGCCAAUUCUUUACCUACAGAGGACCUUAGCAACCUGUAUGCGGUCAAAUAUGCAAAAGGUAUCCCUGAAAAUGAGUCCAUCGAGCAGAGGGCUGCCAGAAUCCUGGGUAUAAGUGUUCCAGUGCAUUCAUUGGGUGUGGCUGAAAAACAAGAUGAUUUGGAUAAUGUAGUUGAGAAACUACACAGCCAAGGCGAAGAGACACAUCCAGUGAUAGGAGAGUGUGAGCUAGUAGAAGAGGAAUCCCUGAUGGUUUCCAGAGCAGAGACAGAGGAGGUCAAGGGGACAGAAUCAGUAGUAGACCACGUGAAAGGAGAUAGACAAAAGCACAGCACCAACCACAGCAAUGAUGAAGGCACUGAGAUUCAGUCUCUGGGAGUGGUGGCCGACCUGCCCGAGGUUCCACCUCAUACGCUUCCCCCAUCCCUCCCCACCACACCCGAUGACAAAUUACCACUCAGUCCGUGCAGUGUGCAGAGAAGGGUGCGAGGUGGAGCAUCAACAUUAAUCGAAUCCUUGCAUGAUAAGUUAACCUCUUCCACUGUUUUAUUUGCUACAUCUCUGGGCAGGUCAACCCCAGACAGAAUGGCCCGUCUGAAAGAACUGGAAUCAGUGUCUCGAAUAAGACGCCUCAGCCUGAAAGGUUCAGAUUUCGGAGGAGAAGUUGAUUCCAGGGAGAGGGAUGGUGACAGACAGGAGGGUGAACCUCGGGAAGUCACAAGAGAGGAAGUUAUGGAGCAACGAGUUGAGGAAAAUAAUGAAAAAACAGAGGAAGAACGAAGGAAGGGGGAGGAGAACCCAGUUGAGCAUGAGACUGCACGUGAGACACAUGACAGGUUUGGAGAUCCUAAAGGUCAUUGUAAACCUAAAAGAGAGGUGAAUGAAGCAAUAUGUGAGAAAGAGCCAAUACAAGAAGAGAAGGUGGAAGAGACUAAAGUAGACGUUGAAUUCAAAACAGCGGAGUCAAACACAGAAGUUGAGCCUCAACCUGUGGAGCACGACAAGGAAAGGCCUUUGGAGACAGUGAGAGUUGGACAGAAUACAUCAGAGGUCAGUGAGGCAACUGAAGAUGCUGUGGUACAGAAAUUGCCAAAACCAAAGCAGCGCACAAAGCUGCAGAAACCUCCUCUUCUUCCUAAACCUCGCAGUGUUCCCAAGAGAGAAAUAUCACUGCCUCUCAGCUUCAGCACCGGGAUUUGUGGCCCCUCGAACAACGGGGAUGAGGAGAUGCUCUCUGUAUCAGAAUCCUACGACCCCAGUCAAGUUGAGAGAGUGUAACCUCUUACACUGCCUUUGGCGCUGUGGAAAUCUGUCUUUAACAGCUUUUCCAACAACAAAGGCUUUCAUUUCACCUUGUGGCUUAGUCAGCCGUGACCUCUCCAAUAUUGUUAUGCAUUACUUCUCAAACAACUGACUGUCCUGGUGCUGCGAGAGCAUUUCUAUAGCCAAAUAAAGGCACUGCCGGUGCCAAAUGUCCAGGCCCUUUAACCUUGGCAUCCUCAUCCUUCCAUUCUCUACAAAGGUUUAUUUUCUCAAGCAAGUUGACAUCCUGCUUUUAAAAUUGCAUCAGGUAUUUUGCUUUUUUACGAAAAAUGCAUGUCAUUAUUCCCAUUUGCACUUGGUCUCCUUCUCGAACCCGGGUAAUAAAAAUGAAUGUAAAAGUGCUUCUAAGAAAAUAAAAUAAAAUGUAAGAGUAUAAAACAAAACAAGAAGGCAACAGUAUUGCAUUACAAUCAUUAUUAAUCUACACCAAAUGUAAAUAAGACAGAGUUAUUAGAUAAUAUUAAGAAUAUAAUAAUCAAUUUAAGUAAUUUAAUUGCUGAAGAAAUGUAUAUUUUCUUAUCCAUGUUAAGAUAAGACUAGAGUUUUGGAAGUGUAGUCUUAGGAGGUAUUACUAAUGAAAGCCCCUAUUCUUUAUUCUUAUAUUUGUAAGAAUGUACUCAAAGAGCAUUGCAAUGAGAAACACUGUGGUCCUUGAAUGGUUUCAUAUAAGAGCAAUAUAGUUGUAUAUGGGACAUUUGUGACAUGAUUUGUGGAACAAGUACCCGAUUUCAUUCAAAUGUCCGCUUGCACUGCUGAGAUUAUCUGCUUCAUGUUAACAGUGAGCACCUGAUAAUCUCUUCAGAUUACAUUUAUCCUGUUCUCCGCAGUGCCAGUCUGCGCAUCAGUAGUGGAAAUAGUGCAUUUAAAUAUUACUUUUGUUCAUCCUUAAAACUGUUGAAGAAAAAAAUAUAUUUUGUGAUAUCAGCAGAAGUCUAUAUUUUGCUGUGGAGUUUUGAUUUGUUCACAAUGAGUUCAGAUGUGCUUUUUUUGUGUGUGCAGGAAACGAUAGAACUUCAUCUGUGUGUCAUACGACCACGGUUGUUGGGUUACAAAUCCUAAUUUAAACUAGUCUGCAGUGAUUUGUUACUUUGACGAAAACAUUUGGAGUUGUUUUGGCAAUAAUAACAAUGGUAAUAUUAGCGUCUAGCCGAAGAAGCGAAAUAUUAAUACUGUGCAGAACAUUUCUGUUGAAAUACUAGUCACAGUAUCUGUUCCAAUACUUAAUUAGUGCUUUUGUGUGUUGUGGGCAUAAUGGACCAUUUGCUUUCCACUCACCUCACGUACGCGGUAGCAAUACAAGAAAUCUAAAAGCAUACCAAACCAAACUUUACGCUAUGCAUUGGACAUUACAUUUACUGGGUGUAAUACUAAAAUUGAAAGGUAAAACUGUAAUUUCUGAUUCUGCUUGUUUGACCCUGUCACUCUUUAAUCCAGUAAUUUGGGUUGGACAUGUUGGAUAUGGGACGUGUUGGAUAUGGUUGUAGACGUGCGUAGCAGUAGCUCUACUGGAGUUCAAUCUGUGGUAGCUCAGUGCCGGUUUUAGUCUUUGUCCUGUUGACAAACCAGUACUCUGUGUUCCAGGUAGUGUGUUACGACCGUUCUCGUAGUUUUUUUUUGUACUGCGAGUUCUUUGUACCAUGAUAUAGACUAUUGGUGCACAUCUUGCUUCGAUAUUUUCUAUUUUCAUACUGAAGUAUGUACAGCUUCUCUUGUAUGCGCGUCACAACUUUUUCUUUGUUUCUUUUUUUAUGUCCAUGCAAAGAAGACAAAUGCGUUAUAAAUCCCAGGUAGAAGGUGUUAUUUGCAUAUAAUUGCAUUUGGUACUAUAUAGUCUAUCCAAUAAACAACUGUUAUAUUUCAUAUAAUUUUAUUACAAAAAAGUUAUGCUACAUAUUUAAAAAAAAGAACAAGGUAUUUUUAGAUUAUUGUGAAAAGGGAAAUGUUUUUGAUGGAACAAUAUUUGUCUAUAUUUGAAAUGAUCAUUGACAGUGACAAUGAUCAUAAGUGUGUGCUAUUGUACAGUACUGCAGACAAUUCAUAAAUAAAAGUCUU